AUGAACGUCACACACGUUCCUUAUUUCACGCUGGCUGCCUACGGUGACAUCGGGCAGCUCAGAUACGUCUGUUUCGUCUUUGUUCUGUGUGUCUAUGUGUUCAUUGUGGGCGCCAACGUGUUCCUCAUCGUGGUGAUCUGUGUGAACAGGAGCCUCCAUGAGCCCAUGUACAUGUUCCUGUGCAGCCUGUUUGUCAAUGAGCUGUAUGGUAGUACAGGCUUGUUUCCACUGCUGCUGGUCCAGAUCCUCUCUGAUGUUCACUCUGUUCCUGCUUCUCUCUGCUUCCUGCAGAUCUUCUGUGUCUACAUGUAUGCAGGUGUGGAGUUUUUUAACCUGACGGUCAUGUCCUAUGACCGCUACGUGGCCAUCUGUCACCCUCUGCAGUACAGCACCCGGGUGACGCCUCAGAGAGCUGCUGCUCUCAUCGCCGUGUGCUGGUCGUCCAGCUGUCUCAUCAGUGUUAGUCUGAUUAGUCUGAGUGCUCCUCUGCCGCUCUGUGGGAACCUCAUUAACAAAGUGUACUGUGGCUACCACUCGGUGGUGAAGCUGUCCUGCUCCAACUCCUCCGUCAGCAACUUCCUCGGCAUCAUGAUCUCCUGUCUGUCGGUGUCGGUCACUCUGGCGCUGAUCCUCUUCAGCUACCUGAGGAUCCUGCAGGUGUGUCUGAGCGGCUGUAAGCAGAGCAGAGCCAAGGCGCUGAGCACCUGCACGCCUCACCUGGCCUCUCUCAUCAACUUCUCCUUCGGCUGUGUCUUUGAAGUGCUCCAGAGUCGGUUCAACAUGAGCAGAGCUCCCAGCGGGCUGCGGAUCUUCUUGUCGCUGUACUUCCUGAGCUGCCAGCCGCUCUUUAACCCGCUGCUGUACGGACUGAGGAUGUCCAGGAUACACCACAGCUGUAGGCGCCUGCUGGCUGGUCGCAAAUAA